UUCCCUCUAUUCUGUGGCAGAUGGACUGUGUUCCUCUAAUCCUUGUGUUCUUUCUCCCCCAUCUCUCUAAAGUCCUACUCUGAGGGAGGAAUAGCUUAUAGCUUUGGGGAUAAUACAGCUUUAAGGAAACUUUUGGCAGAUGUGGAUGUCCUAACAUCUGGGCAGUGUUAACAGAAUCCCGGAGGCCCGGACGGACCAAGAGCCACUCGUUCUAGGAAUGGUAAAGUAGAAGUUUUUCCGACUGAUGAGAGGAGCACACAGGAAGGAGAAAGAGAAGGAGAAAGAGAGCACAAAAAAAUAUAAAACAGAUCCGCAUUUCUGCUUCUUCUCACUUUUGGAAGUUCAUUGAUGGCUGAUUUAUGAAAGAUAUUUUCUUUUCCCUGGUACUUCUGGCCACAUAUCUCUAUUCUUGUCUCCCUAACCUCCCCUCAGCCCGACUUCUUUUAAGGAUGGCUGGUCAACUAACCCAAAGAGGAGCUCUGUCUAUCCUGCUCUUCUUCACUCCAGCAGUGACAGCAACAUGGUAUGCAGGUUCAGGCUACUACCCAGAUGAAAGCUACAAUGAAGUAUAUGCUGAAGAGGUCCCACAGGCCCCAGCUCUAGACUACCGAGUCCCCCGAUGGUGUUAUACAUUAAAUAUCCAGGAUGGAGAAGCCACGUGCUACUCACCGAGGGGAGGAAAUUAUCACAGCACCCUGGGUACUCGUUGUGAGCUCUCCUGCGAUCGGGGCUUUCGACUGAUCGGACGAAGGUCGGUGCAAUGUCUGCCAAACCGCCGUUGGUCUGGAACUGCCUACUGCAGGCAGGUGAGAUGCCACGCACUGCCAUUCAUCACUAGUGGCACUUACACCUGCACAAAUGGGGUGCUUCUCGACUCCCGCUGUGACUACAGCUGUUCCAGUGGCUACCACCUGGAAGGUGACCACAGCCGAAUCUGCAUGGAAGAUGGGCGAUGGAGUGGAGGCGAGCCUGUAUGUGUAGACAUAGAUCCCCCCAAGAUCCGUUGUCCCCACUCACGUGAGAAGAUGGCAGAGCCAGAGAAACUGACUGCCCGAGUAUAUUGGGACCCGCCAUUGGUGAAGGAUUCUGCUGAUGGUACUAUCACCAGGGUGACAGUUCGGGGCCCUGAGCCUGGCUCUCACUUUCCCGAAGGAGAGCAUGUGAUUCGUUACACUGCCUACGAUCGAGCCUAUAAUCGGGCCAGCUGCAAGUUCAUUGUGAAAGUACAAGUGAGACGCUGCCCAACUCUCAAACCACCACAGCAUGGCUACCUCACCUGCACCUCAGCAGGGGACAACUAUGGUGCCACCUGUGAAUACCACUGUGAUGGAGGUUAUGAACGCCAAGGAACCCCCUCCCGGGUCUGCCAGUCUAGCCGCCAGUGGUCAGGAUCACCACCCAUCUGUGCUCCUAUGAAGAUUAAUGUCAAUGUCAACUCAGCUGCUGGCCUUCUGGAUCAGUUCUUUGAGAAACAGCGGCUCCUUAUCAUCUCAGCUCCUGACCCCUCCAACAGAUAUUAUAAAAUGCAGAUCUCUAUGCUGCAGCAAUCCACCUGUGGACUGGACCUGCGCCACGUGACCAUCAUUGAACUGGUGGGGCAGACACCUCAGGAGGUGGGGCGCAUCCGAGAGCAACAGCUGUCAGCCAACAUAAUCGAGGAGCUCAGGCAAUUUCAGCGCCUCACUCCCUCCUACUUCAACAUGGUGUUGAUUGACAAGCAGGGAAUUGACCGGGAACGCUACAUGGAACCUGUCACCCCCGAGGAAAUCUUCACAUUCAUUGAUGACUACCUACUGAGCAACCAGGAGCUGACCCAACGACGGGAGCAAAGGGAUAUAUGCGAGUGAACUUCAGCCAGGGCAUAAUUGAGGUCAAGGGAAAAAAGCUCUCUUAGCUGAAACUUGGGGCCUAAUAAAAGGAAGAAAUGGUUUUCCACAGUUCUAAGGACAGGACUCCGAGGUGGGUGAGAUUUACCAAUCCUGGGACAUUCCCAGGUCCCUUUUUAGGGCUGUGUAAUAGUUUCCCCAAGCAAAUUUCUGCUUUCAGUAGCACUUGAGGAGCAUAAGAAGCUAGGCAGGGACUGAUGUCAGGCCCUGGGCAACGGGCUUGGGGUGAAAGUCUUCUUUCCCUAACUGGGCCUCUGCACAGCGCUCCAAAGUCUUCCAGAUAAGUAAAUUCUCAAUUCAUUCACUAAACGGCUGUGUUUUAAAUGGUUCCUCUACCCUGAGGUGACAGCAGAGGGCAGCACCAUCACAACAACCAGGACACUUAAGCAAGUGUAGCUGGAUUUUCCCUAUAGGCUAACUGUAUCAUUGGAGGUGGUGGGAGCUUCAAAACAUUCUGGAACUUGUCAUUUCCCCUUUUAGGACUUGGGUUACAAAUGUCACAUUAACCAUUGCUUCAUCUAAGAAUAAGGAAAAUGCUGCAAUGGGAGGCAGCUUGGGAAGAAAAAUCAGGCCAGAGCAGAAUCUUUUGCCCUGGCCCUUCCAGCUGGAUCAUGGGCAACAAUCUCUUUUUACUGAGCCUCCAGUGUCAUAGCAGAAGGUACCAGUGCUGUCCCUUCUUCAGGGAAGCCCCCAGCUCAUGAUCUAGAGAACCUCAAAACCACCACUCCAAGCCUCUGUAAAACUAAGUAAUGGAGAAAAAAAAAAAAAGAGAGAGAGAGAGAGUCAGCCUCAUGUAUUAACUUAUUUAGCUUAUCGCUUUUAAGAGAUGAGCACAGGGGCACCUGGAUG